UUAUUUAUUUAUAUAGGCUCAAAAAAUUAAGGGCCAAAGCAAUUCAAUCUGCAAAAAAGACACGUAAAGUUGUCACUUACCAUACAAUACAACAAAAGCGAAAAUAAAAAAAGUUAUUCACCAAACAAAAACUUACGUCGACGUGUAAGACAACCUCCCACCCGAUUUUCUCAUUUCCUUACAUAACCCAACAAAAAAUACAUAUUAUCAACACCGAAUCUCUCAACACAAACAAAAUCACACAUCUCUCUUCAUCUUUUUGUUUCCUGCAAGAAUCUGAAUCUGCUUUACUAUUGUGUCAUCAUGAUGAACAUCGACGAUACGACGUCUCCAAUGGCCCACCCGAUCGGUCCAUCUCAGCCUCCUUCCGACCAAACCAAACAAGAUCCGCCAAGUUUGCCCCAAGAAGCAGCUUCUUCUGUUUCGGCCGACAAGAAAGAUCUAGCUUUGCUUGAAGAGAAACCGAAGCAGAGUCAAGAAGAAGAUAGAGUGGACACUGGGAGAGAGAGGUUAAAGAAGCAUCGGAGAGAGAUCGCUGGUAGGGUUUGGAUACCGGAGAUAUGGGGACAAGAAGAGCUUCUUAAGGAUUGGAUCGAUUGUUCAACGUUUGACACGUGUCUAGUCCCUGCCGGAAUCUCGUCUGCACGUACUGCUCUCGUAGAGGAAGCUAGGCGAGCUGCUUCAGCUUCUGGUGGGUUACAUAAUCGUUGCUUGAUCUUACGUUGAAUUUAAUAUAAUAAGAUAACAUACUUAUAAAUGUGGUUCUUGUUCCUCAAUAAUAUAAGGCACUAUUGUUACAUUGUUGAUAAUAUUCUAACUCAUUUUACUCGUAACUUUAUGAAACAUUGCAAAUUGAGUGUGUUUAGUUGCCUUUAGUUGUUCUGUUAGUGUAGAACGGAUUUUGUGAUUUUGUUUUUUAAUACUUUUGAUUCGAUCCGUCCAUAU